AUGGGCAAUAGACGGACCUAUGGGCCAAACCGCGAGGACCCUGUGAGGGGCUAUGCGGAUGCCGCUAUGGAGUUUCCCAGUGAGUUAUGGGCACUGGAGCAAGCCCAGGAAGUGCAGACUGGCUUAUGGUUGUUACAACAGUCCCUCAACACGCUACAGACGUCGGUCACCAACACAGCAAUGCACAGUCACAUAGACAACACCAUCAGAAACCUGCUCAGCAUCAACGCUGUGCUGCGUAGUCUCAACAUCCAAGAAUUUACACCACCAGCAAAUGCAACAGACCUUGAGGGAACAUGGAGGGUGUCCUUAGCAACAGAUCUGCUUCAGGUCCACGUCAACUUCCUGCGAGGCAAAGUGCACCUUCUUCUUUCGAGUGCACAGGCAUGCAAGCCAGAUGUCAGCUGAUCGACCGAUCGCCCCAUCCCGGGCGAAGAAAUUUGUGUUUCCAAAGGCAAGAGGAGAAAUGUGACACUGGUUAACCUGCACGCUGCUGGAAGCGGUGUGGAAUGAGAAAGACGCAGCAGUCGUCGCAUGCAGAGGAAGAGCUGAAAGGAUAGGACUGUCUCAGCAACGCUUUGGAUGGACAGGAGAUGAACGCACCUUGGAAAGUAGAUGUGACUCAUGGACACGGUGACAAAGACCAAAGUGAUGCUUUUGGGAAGCACUGCUCCAAUAGCUGUUUUACUGGCACUCUCUUGCACUUUGUGUGUGAAUGUACUUCAGUGUGGGUGAGCUAAGACUGAACGUUUCAGUGUCGUCCGUGUGCGUCUGUUUUCAGCGAGUCUGACCCUUACACUUAUUUCUUUAGAGGGAAACACCCAGUUAAUACUGACUACACCUGGGCAUCAAUUUCACUACUGGAGGCAGAAACUAACGUGGCCUCACUCAUGGUUUCCACAUUUUUCAACUUUGCCUCACAGAAACAGUCUCUCAGAUUUUUUUCAGUGAAUAUUUUAAUAUAUUUUUAAAGUUGAGUAAUUACUAUUUAUACAGAUUUUUCUACUUUAAGCUCAAUCUUUGACGUAGUGUCAGGUCUAACAUGCUGGUUGGGCUCUUUGUCAUGUUUUGUUGUGUAACACUGAACACAUUUGCAAAGGUGUUUGCUGCUCUUUCUUCUUUUGUUUUUUGAUGAUUGUGUGUACCUGAUUGGCUGUUUGACACUGCAUGUCCUUUCCAAAUAACAAAGGCUUACAUAGCUGAUGUUCAGUUCCAGUGAGUUUGGGGGUGUGAGAGGUCAGUGAGGAAGGUUACAUGAGAACUGUGAAGCUGCUACGUCAUUGUCCGUGUUGUUGUUUUUGCCUGACUACACUCAACCCGUCUCUACACGCUGAUAGCCAGACUGUCUGGAAAAACUUACAAUUUACAUCCUGUGGGGCUGUAAUCGCAAAUAGUUUUCCAGAGGCUGACGCGACACCGUCUUCUCCCUCCCUCUAUUGUUCGUCAUCAAACCUCAGCCAGGCAAUCAGUGAGCCCUGGGAACUCGAGGCUUUCUGUAAAAUGGAUGCUCAACUGUUUCAGAUUAGUUAAGUGUUCUUCCUUGUUUUUUCCCUUAUUUUUAUAUCUUGUCGUGCAAGUGCAAGAUGUUUUUAAGGAUGUUUGUAUGUGUUUUCUUUCCUGUUUUGUGUUGUUUUGUCCCAUCACUGUAUGAUUCCCUAUUUAAAUACGAAAUGUUGUUCUCGGAUAAAGAAAGGAUGGAUGGAAACACAACAAAGGGGAAGUUUGUGCAUCUCAUUCAUUAUUUUUGCCUUUUUCCCCCCUCUCGAUGGGGUGAACAAGCACGUGCCGAGUACAAGCCACAGCAGAAUUUACUGGUUCCACACAAAAUUUUCCAGUCACGAAUACAGAAAUAAUAGUUAAAGAAAGAUACACUCUGGCAAGUUUUUAUUUUUACCCAGAUUUCAAACA